UCUUUGGAGUUGAACAUUGUUCAACAAACGCCCUUCCGAGUGCACGCUCCUGAAAGCGACGCGGCAGAGGCGCACGGGAAGGCUAACUUUAUUUGACUUUCCCUGCACAUUCAAGGAUCUUUGACAGUUUUCGAAGACUGCUAUGACGUCUCGCAGGUGGUUCCACCCCAACAUCACCGGCGUGGAGGCAGAGUUGCUGCUCCUCACCAGGGGAGUCCACGGUAGCUUCCUGGCCCGGCCAAGCAAGAGCAACCCAGGGGACUUCACUCUGUCCGUCAGGCGUAGCGAUGAGGUCACCCACAUUAAGAUCCAGAACUCGGGGGACUACUAUGACCUGUACGGCGGGGAGAAGUUUGCCACACUGGCUGAGCUGGUGCAGUUCUACACCGAGCAGCACGACCUGCUGAGGGAGAGGAACGGGGACGUCAUCGAGCUCAAGUACCCGCUCAACUGCAAGGACCCCACCUCGGAGAGGUGGUACCACGGGCAUCUUUCAGGGCGCGACGCAGAGAAACUGCUGACCGACAAGGGCAAGCCUGGCAGCUUCCUGGUACGAGAAAGCCAGAGCAAACCGGGCGACUUUGUGCUCUCUGUGCUCACCAACGAGGAGAAGCACGAGAACGUGGACCGCAAGACCAAGGUCACACAUGUCAUGAUCCGCUACCAGCCGGAUGGGAAGUACGACGUGGGUGGUGGCGAGAGGUUCGACACGCUGGCCGACCUGGUGGACCACUACAAGAAGAACCCCAUGGUGGAGAAGAGUGGCAUCGUAGUGCACCUGAAACAGCCCUUCAACGCCACCAGAAUAAACGCAGCCAACAUCGAGAACAGGGUACAAGAACUCAACAAAGUGGCAGACAACUCAGAGAAACCAAAACAAGGCUUCUGGGAAGAGUUUGAGGUGCUGCAGCAGCAGGAAUGCAAGCUGUUGUAUCCCAGGAAAGAAGGACAGAAACCAGAGAACAAGAGUAAAAACCGAUACAAGAACAUCCUCCCCUUUGAUACGACACGUGUGGAGAUCAGAGAGGCAGACACGGAGGUGCCUGGCUCUGACUACAUCAAUGCAAACUACAUCAAAAGUUUGCAUGACGAGGGUCGUCAUGACGAGGGCAAGGUGUUCAUUGCCACUCAGGGCUGUCUGCAGAACACCGUCAUCGACUUCUGGAAGAUGGUGUACCAGGAGAACACGCAUGUGAUCGUCAUGACCACCAAGGAGAUGGAGCGUGGACGGGUAGGCUCUCACACAGUGGCAAACAAGUGCGUGCGCUACUGGCCUGACCUCAACGCCACCAAGGAGUUUGGGAAAGUGAGUGUGAAGAACGUGGAGGAGCGCCCUGCCCAGGACUACAUCCUGCGAGAGCUUGAGGUCAUGCGCUUGGACCGGAGGGAGCCUGUGAGGUACAUCUGGCACUACCAGUACCUGAGCUGGCCCGACCACGGAGUGCCCAACGAGCCUGGAGGAGUGCUCAGUUUCCUGGAGCAGGUCAACCGCACCCAGGCCUCCAUUCCAGACACGGGGCCCAUCGUGGUCCACUGCAGUGCUGGCAUCGGGAGGACAGGCACCAUCAUUGUCAUUGAUAUUCUGAUUGACAUUAUCAACAGACAAGGACUGGACUGUGACAUCGACAUCCCUAAGACCAUUCAGAGAGUUCGUCAGCAGCGUUCAGGCAUGGUUCAGACUGAGGCCCAGUACAAGUUCAUCUACAUGGCGGUGCAACAGUACAUCGACACAGCACAGAAGAGACUGGAAGAAGAACAGAGGAAUAAGACAAAGGAAAGAGAGUACUCAAAUAUCAAGUAUCCCCAGACAACCAAUGCCAGGUCAAAACCCAACAUGACAACAUCUCGCUCUUCCUCCGUCAUGACAAACGAGGACUCGUCAGGUGUAUACGAGAACUUAAACAUCAAGAACCCCAAGACAUCAGCUAGCAGCAACACCAGGAGGUAAAUCUGGGACCACUGUUUAUGUGCUUCAGUUUCAGCAGCAGCGAUGCUCAUUUAGCACCGACAGAACCACAGAGGGGCCCCCUGGGCUCUCGCCUCCAACCCCACGACGGUGGUCCCUUCCUGGGAUGAAGGUGGUGGGUGCUGACCCCUCUACCGUCCCCCAUCCUCCACAGCUGUCCCACUGCUGCCCUGCUGGGUUUCUGUGCGAAGCCUUUGCCCCUCAAUGGAGAGGGAGGAGUACAGCGAGACUCUCUCCUCACGCGCACACACACCCGCUCUGCUCCUCGCCAGCAGCAAAGUGCCUCAAAUACCAGACGCAUGUAACUCCGCCUCCUCUAUCCCGCCAUUUUCACGGUUGUGAUGCUACAACUUUUCGAGGCCCACCUUCCUCCCCUGACGUUCUCGUCUGUAGUCUUCUGGAAUGAACCGACACAGGAAAAACAAAGUAGUUGCAUACUCUUUGCGCGACGUAGAUGUUUUGCUCGGAUUCUAGCGCAGCGUUUUGAUCGCUCGCGUUCUAGAAUGCGGAAGGUUCUAGAGGUUCGUUCCGCGCUGAACCUUCUACGGGUUUAUGGGACACAAAAUGGUGAAGCUAAGCUAUUUCACUGUUCGUUCUCAGAGACUGUGCUAUUCUCUCUUUCCCUCUCUCUCUCUCUCUACCUGUUUUACUGGCAGUCAUCUACUUGAACCAAAGACUUUUUUGCUAUGUUCUGUCUGUGGCUGUAGUCAUUACUGCAGGGCUGAGUGAUAUUUUGGGCAGUUAUAGUCUGCUAGCACACAAGCCACUGGUGUGGACAACCUUGCCAAUUCCUACUGAGACCUUUAUUUUUAAAGUCAAGAUGGAAGAUGGUGUAUUCCCAAGGGCUGUUCGCAACUGAUGUCAGAGUCUGGCUGGAACAGGAUAUUGUGUUAGUUUGUUUUCUGACUGAUAUAUUUUGAAUGUUCAAUUAGAGAUCUGUGCCCCCCUGCUCCCAUGUGUGCUAGUCAACUAUUGUUUCUUGUGCCAAUACAAGAUGUGCUUGCUUAACUAUUCUUUACCAACAGAGCUGCUUCUUACAAUCAACAGGACGCCAUUGUGGCUUGUUGAUUUCAGGGCCUCCAGUGUUAGUGUUUUUCGUAUCUAAAUGGUCAGGCAACAUUCUCCUGCACCUUAGAAUAAAACCACAAGCCCACUAAGGGAGGAGAUACAGCACCAACUCAUUCAUAAAAUGUUUAUAUCUGUUUUGAUUUUAUAUCACAUCCCAUUCAAUUAUUUUUGAUUUCCUUCUUUGUCAUUAUUAGCGUGGCUUUGUAACUAAGGUCAUGACUUUUUUAAAGUGAUCGUUCUGGAAAAUUAAGUAGAAAGAAGGAUGCUACAGUGUCUUCAGGUGCAGAUGAGUCUGGGCUUUGGUGUAUUUCACUUUUUAACAUUUCAAUGCACCAUUCGGCACUAGCCCAGCAAUCCUCCUUUCAGUCAACGUUUGAAGAGGAAACCUGUUGUCAAGGUUUCUGAGCGACUGCACUUCUAUGCUUGUGGUGAAUCCCUCCCUGCUCUGGGAAAAAGCCUGGAGACACUGUUCAUAGAAAAUGUUACAUGGUUUAACAUCUGCUGGGU